UUCACAAAGCAGGUUCAACAAACUCUGAGUUAAAACCUUAACUCUGGGUUGAGCAACUCUGAGCUGUCAAACUCUAAGUUUUCGGUUUCAGAACAGGUGAUAACACUUAGUUCAAUCAACUCAGAGUCAAGGUAACCCUGAGUGAAGCUUGUGCAUGAGGAUAUAAAAAGCCUUCAUCAAUGGAGCACAGAUAACAUGAUUCACCAUGGCAACAAGUGGUAAACAGCCUCGAUCCUCCUACUUCUCCCCAGUGGAGUUGGAAAUAUUAAUGACUGCGUAUGCAGAAAGUGAGCAUAUAUUUUUAAAAAGAAGCAAUACUGUGGCAGCAGCAAAAGCGCGGGAUCUUGCGUGGCAGGAAAUUGCUGACCGAGUCAAUGCGUCAGUAUUAAUUUGAGAAAAAAAAGAAAUGUUUUGUCUUGAAUGUUCCACUUAUUCAACAAUUAUAUUCCAUAUGUGUGUCUGUGAGCACAGGUGCAACCCAACAGGCACCAAACGGACUUGGCAGCAGCUAAAGAUGAAAUAUAAAAAUGUAGUUCAAACAGCCAACAGAAAAAAGGCUGAGGCCCGCAAAACAGGUGGCGGUCCACCACCACCACCUCUCACAGAGGCUGAAAAGAUGGCCCUCAGUCAGAACAGUGGACGACCCAUUGCUGAGGGCAUCUCUGGGGGGAGUUCAUCGGACCCACCCACGCCCCAGGUCACAGGGGCCUACAUAAGAGUUACUGAUGGUGUAAUCUGUCUCGUUGAGCCUUCUGCCAUAACAGACCUCCAUGCUGUUGAGGAUGAUGAAGAAACCUUAUCAGCUGCCACAGAGAGGGAAGAUGCAGAGAGGCCUGCUGAAAGCCAUGCUGGAAAUUACAAUGGGGAAGAAGGUCCAUCAACCUCCACAGCACAGCUUACCUCACUCCCUGUGAAACAACUUUACAAGGUAUAUUUAGAAUCUCAAAUAAACAAAUCACACCUAGAAAUGGAGCACAUAAGGCUGCAGAUCACCAAAACAGAAAAGGAAAUACAACUGCUGGACCAUCAGUUAAAGGUGGGUGACGUGCCCACAGGUGGAUGUUUUUUAAUUGUUUCAACAACAAAGGAUUAACAACUGUACAAAAUUUGUCCUUCUAGGAAAUAAAGAAGACCUCAUAAAAUGA